GUUCUCUUCUCUUCUUCUUCUCUUUUCUAGUCUCUGUUUCCAAUCCACUUUUAUGGUGGUCUCAUGAAUGACCCAUAGUCACCUCUCACACUAGGCACGAACCCUCUACCCCAUUUGUCGUUUCUCUGCCACUCUGAAACCGACCCCAUUAAUGGCAGCCGCCUCCCCAUUGUUAUCUCCUUCUUCUUGACCUUCUUCCUUGUUCGUACUGCCAGUAAAUGCCUUCUCUGCGUCCCUUUCUGCCUUCUCUAUCCACCUUCUUAAUGGCUUACUACUUCCUUCAAUUCUUAAUCUUCACCCCACCACCAUCAUGGUAACUCUUCUCUACAUUGUCUUAAUGUCCGGAUUUCUCGCGAAAUCUGAAAAUCCCGGGCGCCGAGUACGUUGUAGUGUUGAAUCUUCAAGCUUCUCAUGUGGGUUCCCUAAUUCUUCGCGUAUUUUUUGCUUUUACAUGCUUGGUGGGUUCUUUAAAUUGGAAAGUUUGCAAUGAGUUCAUUUGCUCUACAUUGAGGCCUACACUACGAACGGUUUCUCGGCUAGACCUGAAAGUUAGAUAAAUCUUUCUUGGGUUCGUCCUGUUUCUUUAGAAAUCUCUCCAUUUUGAAAGUGAGGCAUGUUUCUCGACUCUGUUUCUUUCUUUCCCUUCUGAACUCCAAAAUUACAUUCUUUCUAGGGUUCUUUCCGCUUCGUGAAAUCUCUGGUCCUGAACUCGGAACUCGUCUGAAAUGGGGUUUCAGAACUGGUUCGCUGGAGCGUUUCUUUUGUGGGUCUUAUUUGUUUCGAAUACCCAUCAAUUACAAACCUCUCAAACUCAAGUCCUUCUCCAGUUAAGGAAGCAUUUGGAGAAUCCAUUUGCUCUACAAAUUUGGGAAAAUUACGGCGGCGAUUUGUGUAACGUUUCUUCCACCCUGCACAUGAGCAUAAGGUGCCACGACGGUUCUGUUUCUGAACUCAAAAUCAUGGGAGAUAAGCUUGCCAAGGUUAGUGAAUUCAAUGGAUUUGCAGUUCCCAACCAGACAUUAUCUGAGAGUUUCUCGAUUGAUUCGUUUGUAACUACACUGACAAGGUUAACUAAUUUAAGGGUUCUUAGUCUAGUCUCUCUGGGUAUUUGGGGGCCGCUUCCUGAUAAAAUUCAUCGCUUAUCUUCACUUGAACUUUUGGACAUGCGUUCAAAUUUCAUUUUUGGUACCAUACCGCCUCAGUUAUCUAGACUUGGGAAGCUUCAAAGCUUAACAUUGGAUGACAAUUUCUUCACUGAUACAGUCCCUGGUUGGUUGGAUUCUUUAUCAAAUCUCAAUGUUCUGAGCUUAAAGAACAACCGGUUGAAGGGUCAAUUUCCUUCUUCAAUAUGCAGAAUUCUAACCCUCACCGAUCUUGCUUUGGCACACAAUAAGCUUUCGGGGAAAUUGCCGGAUUUGAAUGCCUUAACUAGUCUACAUUUAUUGGAUUUGAGAGAGAACCAUUUUGAUUCUGAACUACCUCUAAUGCCCAAAGGACUGAUUACAGCUCUUCUGAGCAAUAAUUCAUUUUCUGGUAAGAUUCCCGGAGAAAUUGGAAAGCUAAGCCAAAUUCAACACCUUGAUCUGUCAUUCAAUCAUUUGAGUGGAACGCCGCCUUCUGCAUUGUUCUCCUUGCCAAACAUUAAUUAUUUGAAUCUAGCAACGAACAUGCUGGGUGGAGCACUUCCCAAUGAUCUGAGUUGCGCGGCCAAGCUUGGUUUUGUUGAUAUUUCUGCUAACAGAUUGAGGGGUGCACUUCCUUCUUGCUUGAAUAGUAGUUUGGAUGAUAGAGUUGUUAAGUAUGGUGGUAAUUGCUUGUCCACUGAUCUUCAACAUCGGCAUUCAGAUUCGUACUGCAGAGAAGUUGGCAUCGAUAGGAAAAGGUCAAAGUGGAACAAAAUAGGGGUAUUAAUUGGUGUUAUUGGAGGUGCAAUACUUAUAGUACUGGCGGCCAUUGGGCUUGUUAUUUUGUGUAGAAGAUACCGUUCCCGUGAAACAUUGGAGCAGCAUUCAUUGCCAAAGGUUCCACUGGAAACUUCACCAGCAGGGAUAUCCUCUGAACUCCUUGCAAAUGCCAGAUUCAUAUCUCAAGCAGCUAAACUUGGGACACAGGGUGCUCCAGCAUACAGGUUGUAUACACUAGAAGAGUUAGAAGCAGCCACGGAUAUUUUCAACAAGUCAAUGUUUCUGGGUGAAGGUUCUCUAGGGAAGCUUUAUAAAGGAACAUUGGAGAACGGCACUUGUGUUACCAUACGAUCUCUGGCUCUCUUCAGAAAGUACUCAGUUCGGAACCUUAAGUUUCGGUUAGAUUUGCUUUCAAAGCUUCGGCACCCACAUCUGGUUGGUCUUCUGGGUCAUUGCAUUGAUGAUGGCGGUGGACAGGACGAGACUACUGUUAACAGAGUCUUCCUUAUAUAUGAAUAUGUGCCCAAUGGGGAUUUUCGCAGUCAUCUCUCAGAGGAUUCUCCAGACAAGUUACUUGCUUGGCCAGACAGAUUGGCUGUUUUAAUCGGUAUUGCCAAGGCAGUGCACUUCCUGCAUGCUGGGGUAAUACCAGCCACCUUCAGCAACCGAUUAAAAACGAAUAACAUAUUGCUCGAUGAGCAUCGAAUUGCAAAGCUGAGUGAUUAUGGAAUGUCUAUCAUCACAGAGGACUUCGAGAAACUUGAGGGAAAGGGAGACAGCCAAAAAUCAUGGCACAUGACAAAGUUGGAGGAUGAUGUUUACAAAUUUGGCUUUAUAAUACUUGAAUCACUAGUGGGGCCUAUAGUGAGUGGAAAAGGAGAAGCAUUUUUGCUAAAUGAAAUGACAUCGUUUAGCAGCCAGGAUGGUCGCAGACGAAUUGUGGAUCCAAUUGUGUUAACCACCUCAACCCAAGAGUCCUUAUCCAUCGUGAUAUCCCUCACCAACAAAUGCAUAUCCCCCGAAUCAUCCACCCGACCCUCCUUCGAGGAUGUCCUCUGGAACUUGCAGUACGCAGCUCAGGUCCAGGCCGUGGCAGAUGCCGAUCAGAAAUCCGAUGCUGCGUCGCAGUCAUAGUCUCACGGCUUCGCAGCUGCAACUGUGCAAUCGCCUUCCGUCAUCUUGACAAGAAAGCAGAGCUACUUGCAAAUGGCUAUAGUGUCUAUGAAAGCAUUGCAUCUUCUGUAGAGUUGUAAAUAUCCUUUUCUUCUUUUAUUAUUCUUUUUCUGCUUAAACACAGGAGAGAUUUUAGAUCGAUCAGAGCCUCUCUACCUAUAUACACUUCACUUCAUAUACAAAGGGCAGCUUCCCAAUUGUCUGACCAGUUGGAGAAUUUCUUUGGUUGUUUCCACAGCUUAAAGUUGAAUAGUAGUUGAUUUAGACCAAAUGAUGGUAUUUGAGAUUAUGGUUCUGGCUCGAUGUUAUUUCUUUGGUUGUUUCCACAGCUUAAAGUUGAAUAGUAGUUGAUUAUGUUAUUUGACAAAAAGGAUGGGAUUGGCUCUCUUUGUAUAACAUAUGAAUGAACAAUGAAUGUGUGUAAUAA